AGCCCGCAGCCUUCCCCAGCGGAUGCCGGGGACUCGGACCCCGCGCCCUGAGAGUCUUUGUUAAUGGAUGUGGUGGCCCGAGGCACCACGACCCGGAGAAGCAGGUUGAAAAGAUCCGAUGGCAGCACCACUUCGACCAGCUUCAUCCUCAGACAGGGUUUAGCAGACUCCUACACAAGCAGGCCGUCGGACUCCGAUGUCUCUUUGGAAGAAGACAGAGAAGCGAUUCGGCAGGAGAGAGAGCAGCAAGCAGCUAUCCAGCUUGAGAGAGCAAAGUCCAAACCUGUAGCCUUUGCCGUGAAGACUAACGUGAGCUACUGUGGUGCCCUGGAUGAGGAUGUGCCCGUUCCAAGCACGGCCAUCUCCUUCGAUGCCAAGGACUUUCUACACAUUAAAGAGAAAUAUAACAAUGAUUGGUGGAUAGGAAGGCUGGUGAAAGAGGGCUGUGAGAUUGGCUUUAUUCCAAGUCCACUGAGAUUAGAGAACAUACGGAUUCAGCAAGAACAAAAAAGAGGACGUUUUCAUGGAGGGAAAUCCAGUGGAAAUUCUUCUUCAAGUCUUGGAGAAAUGGUAUCAGGGACAUUUCGAGCAACACCCACAUCAACAGCAAAACAGAAGCAAAAAGUGACGGAGCACAUUCCUCCUUAUGAUGUCGUGCCAUCCAUGCGUCCAGUGGUGUUAGUGGGGCCGUCACUGAAGGGUUAUGAGGUAACAGACAUGAUGCAGAAAGCCCUCUUUGAUUUCCUGAAGCACAGGUUUGAUGGGAGGAUAUCAAUAACGAGAGUGACAGCUGACAUUUCUCUUGCUAAGAGGUCCGUCCUAAAUAAUCCCAGCAAGAGAGCAAUAAUUGAACGUUCGAACACUCGGUCCAGCUUAGCGGAAGUACAAAGUGAAAUUGAAAGAAUCUUUGAGUUGGCGAGAUCUUUGCAACUGGUUGUUCUUGAUGCGGACACCAUCAAUCACCCAGCACAACUUAUAAAGACUUCUUUAGCACCAAUUAUUGUUCAUGUGAAAGUCUCUUCUCCAAAGGUUUUACAGCGGUUGAUUAAAUCUAGAGGAAAGUCCCAAAGUAAACACUUAAAUGUGCAACUGGUGGCAGCUGAUAAACUUGCACAAUGCCCCCCAGAAAUGUUUGAUGUUAUAUUGGAUGAAAACCAGCUGGAGGAUGCAUGCGAGCACCUGGGAGAAUAUCUCGAGGCAUACUGGCGUGCCACCCACACAACCAGUAGCACCCCCAUGACCCCGCUGCUUGGAAGGAAUUUGGGCUCAACAGCACUCUCACCCUAUCCCACGGCAAUUUCUGGGUUACAGAGUCAGCGUAUGAGGCACAGCAACCACUCCACAGAGAACUCUCCAAUUGAAAGACGAAGUCUAAUGACCUCUGAUGAAAAUUAUCACAAUGAAAGGGCUCGGAAGAGUAGGAACCGCUUGUCUUCCAGUUCCCAGCAUAGCCGAGAUCAUUAUCCUCUUGUGGAAGAAGAUUACCCUGACACAUACCAGGACACUUACAAACCCCAUAGAAACCGAGGAUCACCUGGGGGAUAUAGCCAUGACUCCCGACAUAGGCUUUGAGUAUGCAGAAACAAACAAAAAUUUCAUCUGUUGACAACUUGCCGUAGCACUGCUAGGAUAAACCAAUCAUCUUAACUUGGCAAGCACAGCACAGUAUUUACUGUGUUUAUGGGCUACUGUCAUUUGAUGCUAAGUAAGGGCAAAAAAAAAAAAAAAUGUACAUUAUGCCCUUAAGUCUAGAUGGAUAUUAAAUGCCCAAUCAUAUAGAUAUUUUUAAGUGCAACAUUUACGUAACAGUACCUUUUGUUUUCUUCAUUAGAUUUAGACACAUCAAUUUGUAAUUUAGGGUACUUAUCAAGGCACAUAUAAAAUAAUUUCCCAUGCUGGAAAUUCCAAAUGACCAGUUCCAGUUGGAACCAAUUUAUAAACCAAUUCCUGUUGGAAUUUGGGUGAAUUGACUAGAAAGUCUACUUAAGCAUGUUGCAAUCAAUUUAAAAAUC